AUGGCACCAAAACUAACACCAGUCCUAAAAUUCAGAGAUUUUUUGGAAGCUUUGAGAAGAGAAGGGGAUCUAGUCGAAAUUUUCCAGGAAGUUGAUCCUCAUCUUGAAGUGGGGGCUAUUAUGAGGAAAGUUUAUGAAAACAAACUUCCAGUCCCAUUGUUUAAAAAUUUGAAGCAACCAAAGGGAAAUGUUGAUCCUGAUAACUUAUUCGAUAUUGCCGGUUGCAUUGGUGGCUUAAGAGCAUUUGGUAAUGAUCAUGCUAGGAUUGCUCACCACCUCGGACUGAGCAGCGACACCGGUAUGAAGGAAAUUAUAGAUCAUUUGUUAGAAGCAAAGAAAAGAAAGCCUAUCCCACCAGUUAAAGUCAAUAGAGACUCUGCACCUUGUAAGGAGAAUAUUUUGAAAGGUGAUCAAAUCAAUUUAGAGCAGUUACCUGCGCCCUACCUACAUGAUGAGGAUGGUGGAAAGUAUCUUCAAACAUAUGGGAUGUUUGUAUUACAGACUCCCGAUAAAAGCUGGACCAACUGGUCUAUUGCGAGGGCAAUGAUCCAUGACGAAAAACAUUUGACAGGAUUAGUUAUGAAUCCUCAACACAUUAGACGUGUAGCUGAUCAGUGGAAAACCGUCGGGAAGGAAAACGCUGUGCCAUUUGCACUGUGUUUUGGUGUUCCUCCAGCUUCUAUCUUGGUCAGUUCAAUGCCUAUUCCAGAAGGAGUCUCUGAAGCAGAUUAUAUUGGUUCUGUUGUAGGCGAACCCAUUCAAGUAGUCCAAGCAGAGACUAAUCAACUUGAAGUUCCUGCAGAAUCUGAAAUAGUGCUAGAGGGGACUUUGAAUUUAGAUCAUAUGGUCCCGGAGGGCCCCUUUGGAGAGAUGCAUGGGUAUGUGUUCCCUGGUACAGGCCAUCCUUGUCCAACUUAUACUGUAGAGACAAUUUCAUAUCGGAAUAAUGCAAUUUUGCCUGUUUCUAAUCCAGGGCUCUGUACUGAUGAAACUCAUACGCUAAUUGGGUCUUUAGUUGCAGCAGAAGCUAAGCAAAUUUGUCUGAACCAUCCUGUCCUUUCAAAAAUAGUCAUGGAUGCAUUUAUGCCAUAUGAGUCUCAAGUGCUUUGGUUAGCAUUCAAAAUCAAUGUCAAAGAACUUGUAAAAUUGAAUACUGACAGCAAGUCCCUAGCUGACUUAUUUGCAAAGGAAAUAUAUGGCAACAAAGUCGGAAUGACCACUCAAGAGAUAAUUUUAGUCGGUGAUGAUAUUGACAUUUUUAAUUUUAAAAAAUUAAUGUGGGCAUAUGUGACCAGGCAUACUCCUGGAGAUGAUCAAUAUUUCUAUGACGAAUUCGUUGCUUUCCCUCUAGCACCUUUCAUCAGUCAGGGCCCUAGAAUUAAAACAAAAAGGGGUGGGAAUUGUGUUACCGACUGUCUUUUCCCUAUUCAGUACAGGGAUCCAAAUUUCCGAUUUGUCACCUGUGACUUUGAUUCCUACGAUAGUGCCAUUCGUGAUAAAAUCAAUCAAAACUGGUCCAAUUAUGGCUAUCAGUAG